AUGUGCUCCUAUCUUCACAGCAGUGUCACAGUGGAUGAUUUCACUGCCAGGAUGUUCAGGUUGGGUAUUGCUCUCUUUCACACAAAAAAUAUUGGUGAUACAUUUUCUCAUGCAACUUUCCAUUCCUUAGUUUUGGGUCUGAAUCGCUGGACCAGACUGGGGAUGGGAGCCCCCUUGAAGCAGAUAGAGAUCAGCACCAUUGUUUUUGCACGCACACCAGACGUCCACCAGUACAUUCACAUAACUAGUUAUCAAAUUAUCCCUUUAAAUGUCCCCUGUGAAUUUUUUUUCUAAAUUAGGCCGUUAUUAUUUAAUCAUUAGGAACGUCCUGAAGAGGGCUGGUCAGUUGGAAGAAAGCAAGCGUAUCCUAUACAACAACCCUCCUGCAGGUCUGGCAAAAGGCUUAGCUAAGGCCUGGGACCUCUACGGCUCAGAGAAGUGAGUGUCAUAAUGUUUUCAUAUCACUUUGAAUGAUUCAAACUCCAACUGGCAAGGCUAAUUAUCUAACUCUCACUCACUGCAGGGCAGUUGUCAUGAUUCUGGUUGAAGAGUUCCAAAGAAGCAUCUUUGGCCAUAGAUAUAUUGAGAACAUCUAUGGAACA